CCAAAAAAAUCGAGACCCUGUUAGGGUUUCUUUCGCGGUAUUCGUUUCAGUGGGAGGGAUCUCGUCUCGAUCUCGUUCCCGCGAGCUCGAAACCAUGAUCAUCUCCAAGAGGAACCGACAUGAGAUCUGCAAGUACCUCUUCCAAGAGGGAGUGUUAUAUGCCAAGAAGGAUUACAAUCUAGAGAAGCACCCGCUUAUUGAUGUGCCAAACCUACAGGUGAUAAAGUUAAUGCAGAGUUUCAAGUCUAGGGAAUAUGUCCGGGAAACCUUUGCUUGGAUGCACUACUACUGGUAUCUCACAAAUGAUGGCAUUGAGUAUCUUCGGACUUUCCUCAACCUUCCCUCAGAGAUUGUUCCGGCGACAUUGAAGAAGUCCAGUAAACCCCCACCAAGGUCCUUUGGCGGUGGGCCUCCUGGAGAUCGUCCCAGAGGGCCACCACGCUUUGAAGGAGACAGGCCGAGGUUUGGAGAUCGUGAUGGAUACCGUGGAGGUCCAAGGGGUCAAGGUGAUUUUGGUGACAAAGGAGGCACUCCUCCAGAGUUCCAGCCAUCUUUCAGGGUUUCUGGUGGUCGACCUGGGUUUGGUCGCGGUGGUGGUGGAUAUGGUGCAGGUCCUGCAUCCUCGUCUCUUGAGUAGCCAUCCUUGGGGGCCCCAUGACUAUGCUUUCGCUUCUACUGAGAGGGAGGGAAAUUUUGAACUAAAAAGUCUUUUGUUUGCGUAGACAUUUAAGUUGUUGCCUUAAUCUUGUCCAACUUAUCAAAUGUCAUUUUGUCACUACCAGCUCCGUUAGUUUAUGUAUUCUGUUUUGUCCGUUUGUGCUGGAAACGAGCUCUGUUGAUUUCACUUGUGUGAUGUUUAUAGCUGAAGAUGACACAUUAGCCUCCCUGAACUUGCAGCGAGUGACAUGGAUUUAAUGGAUUCAGAUAUAAUUUGUGUCA